AUGGAUCCCUCCCAGCGCGUCGUCAUCAUCGGGGCCGGCAUCGUCGGCACCAACAUCGCCGACGAGCUGGUUGCCCGGGGAUGGACCAACAUCACCGUCGUCGAACAGGGGCCGCUGACCAUGCCGGGCGGCUCGACGUCCCACGCGCCCGGCCUCGUGUUCCAGACGACCGGCUCCAAGACGCUCAGCUCCUUUGCCAAGUACACCGUCCAGAAGCUCCUGUCCAUUGGAUGCUUCAACCAGGUCGGCGGCCUCGAGGUGGCGGAGACGCCCGAGAGGCUCGAGGAGCUCAAGCGCAAGCACGGAUACGCCUCCUCCUGGGGCAUCGAGGCCCGUCUCCUCACCGCCGACGAGUGCAAGAGCAUCUACCCUCUGCUGAGCACCGACGUCGUCCUCGGCGGCCUGCACAUCCCGUCCGACGGUCUGGCGCUGGCCGCCAACGCCGUCCAGUUGCUCAUCCAACGCACCCGCGAGGCCGGCGUCCGGUAUCUCGAGCACACCCUGGUCACCGGCAUCGAGCAGAGCGACGGACGCGUCACGGGGGUGGCGACAAGAAACGGCGUCAUACCCGCCGAUCUAGUCCUCUCCUGUGCCGGCUUCUGGGGCGUCGAGGUCGGCGCCAUGGUCGACCUCCCCAUCCCCCUCCUCCCCGUCGGACACCAGUACGCAAAGACGAAGCCCGUGCCGGCGCAGAAGGGGAAGAAGCUCGCCGCGAACGGCGCCCAGCUCCCGAUCCUCCGGCACCAGGACCGCGAUCUCUACUACCGUGAGCACGGCGAACAGUACGGCAUCGGCUACUACGGCCACCGCCCCUUGCCGGUGGUCGCCGCCACGCUGGGCGAGACCCCCAAGCAGGUCGACGAGCACAACAUGCCGUCCCGCCUCGACUUCACGCCGGACGACUUCGCGCCGGCGUGGGAGCUUACCAAACGGCUCCUCCCCGCCCUCGCAGAGAGCGAGAUCGAGCACGGCUUCAACGGCAUCAUGUCCUUCACCCCGGACGGCGGUCCCCUCGUUGGCCGGGCGCCCAACCUCGAGGGGUUCUUCGUCGCCGAGGCCGUCUGGGUGACGCACUCGGCCGGCGUCGCACGCGCCGUCGCCCAGCUCCUCACCACCGGCAAGUCCGAGGUCGACCUCUCCGAGUGCGACAUCUCGCGCUUCGAGCAGGUCCAGCUCGCUCCCGAGUACGUCAAGGAGGUCUCGACACAGAACUUCGUCGAGGUCUACGAUAUCCUGCAUCCUCUCCAGCCGCGCGAGUCCCCUCGCAACCUCCGCGUCAGCCCUUUCCACGCCCGCCAGAAGGCACUCGGCGCCUACUUCCUCGAAGCCGGCGGCUGGGAGCGUCCGCAGUGGUAUGAGGCCAACGAGAACCUUCUUGGCCUGUUGCCCGACAAGUGGAAGCCCAGAGAGCGCGACGCUUGGUCUGCCAGGUACUACUCGCCGAUAGCUGCUGCGGAAGCGUGGAAGACGCGGACCGCCGUGGCCAUGUACGACCUCACCCCCAUUCGCCGUCUGGAAAUAUCUGGCCCGGGGUCUGUUGACCUGCUUCAACGGCUGACGACGAGUGACAUGGCGAAGGAGCCGGGAGCCGUCUCGUUCACGCUUCUCUUGGACGAGCAGGGCGGCGUUCUCAGCGACAUCUUUGUCGCCAGACUCCGCCGCGAUCUGUUCCAGCUGGCCGUCAACGGGCCUGUCGACCUCGCCUACUUGUCCCGGGAGGCUCGCCUCCAGACGAGAGCAUCUCCGGCAAAGUUCGUCCAGGUCCGUGAAACCACCGGCGGGACGAGUGGCAUCGGGCUCUGGGGUCCUCGGGCGGCCGAGGUUGUCGCCGGCAUCAGCUCCGACAACCUCAGGGACAUGCCUCAUUCCCGCGUCAAGUCCGCCAUCAUCGCCGGCAUCCCCGUAACCGUCAUCAGCCUGUCCUUCGUCGGCGAGCCCGGGUGGGAGAUCUACUCCAGUGCGGAGAACGGCCCGCGCCUCUGGGAUACCCUAUGGCAAGCUGGCCAGCCACAGGGAAUCAUCGCAGCGGGCCGCAGUGCUUUCAGCGCCCUCCGGCUUGAGGCGGGAUUCCGGACAUACGGCGUCGACGUCACCACGGAGCACAACCCCUUCGAGGCCGGCCUCGGCUUCGCCAUUGACACGGAGAAGCGGGGUUACGUCGGUUACGACGCCAUCACAAGAUUAUCAAAAGAGACACCGUCCCGGCAACUGCGCUGCCUCGCCGUCGACGGCGGCCGCUCGGUCGUCUUGGGCAAGGAACCUGUUUUCCUCGACGGGAAAGCUGUUGGGUACGUCACAAAUGCCGCGUUCGGAUACACCAUCGGCAAGCCCAUCGCGUACACCUACCUGCCCAGCACCGUGAAAGAAGGUUCGGGCGUUGAAAUCGAGUAUUUUGGGCGGCGGAUCAAGGCAACCGUCACUGCAGAGCCACUGCGCAAGGCUCCAGAAGGCGUCUCGGCAGCAUCGUCGUCGACGACGACGACGAAGCGCGUGCCCAUCAGGUCACGCCUGUGA